AUGUGUGUAUGUGUAUUUGGUUAAACUGCCUUAUUUGCUAGAAAAUCAGAAUAGCAAUACAUAAAAUUUAGAUUGCAUUAACCCCACCAGGGCAGGAUAUAUAGAUAUAUGUUAUUUGGUAAAUUGCAGUAUACAGUCAUGGCAAAAAUGAAUCAUCAGUUCUGUGACGUCCCAUUUUACAUUCUUAUCUUUUGCAAACUCAAUUCAAUUUUGACCAUGUUGUAACUGACAACAAUUGCCCCAGAAGUCAGAUAGAUCUAUGCAUCAUCUUUCCGUUUGCGGACAUGAAGACUUAAGCUGAUAUUGUUCACAUAUAAAUAACAGAAAAAGGGAGCUAUUAUCAGAACCACCUGUUCAUUUCCAGACACAAAAUGUUUGCCCUAUUUUUUCUCUCUUAUGUCUUGAAUCAUUCCAGGAAGAUGACGCAGGCUGCGUGGGCAAGAGGCCAAAAUCCUCUUUCUGGGUAUCUUCUCGGACUUUGCUUGGCAGCUUGAAACAGCACCCUCUGCUCAUUGUAGUGAUCACAAGAAAACAGGGAGGUGAAGACAAGCUCGGGAGGUAGGUGUGGCGGUAGAUCAACGUUCUUGCAGAUCAACAUAAAGGUGAAUCAAGCACAGAUUCAUCCAAGGCAGUGAUGGCAAACCUUUUAGAGACCGAGUGCCCAAACUGCAACCCCAUUGGAAGACACAAGAUCUACCCACACUGGAGGAAUGGCAGAUGAAAAUGAUGGACUACAUGGAAUUGGCGGAAAUGACUGGCAGAAUCCGAGACCAGGGAGAAGAGUCGGUGGAAGAAGAUUGGAAGAAAUUUAAAGACUACUUACAGAAAUAUUGUAAAAUUAAUGAAUGUUAGAAUGAUGUUGGAUUGAAGUUAAGUGGUCUCUAGCUGUAAUGGUAUAAAAGAAUAUGGAAAAAUUGGUUUUUAAUACGUAAAAAUUUAAUGUUAUAAUAUAUCAAGAUUAAAGAUCAGGAUUAAAAAGGAGGGAAAGGAAUUGCUGGACUAACAAAUUGAAUUGGAAUACAAAAGAGGGAGGUAUGAGGAGGUCCGGGAAACAAGUAAAUGUAAGAGAAGUGAUGAAAAGAUGGAAUUGUUUUCAACUGUUUUUUCUUUUUUGUACUUUGUAUUUUUCCUUUUUUAUUGUUAUUUUUCUUAUUAAUGUAAUCUUUUUCUUUUGAAAUUUUAAUAAAUAUCAUUAAAAAAAAAAAAAAACUGCAACCCCAAACCCACUUAUGUAUCGCAAAGUGCCAACACGGCAGUUGAACCUGAAUGCUGAGGUUUUAGUUUAGAAGGGGAGGUUGGCGCAUCCAUGUGGAAAGAGAGUGAAGCACUACAGUGGUACCUCGGUUUUCGAACAGCUUAGUUCUCGAACUACUUGGAACCUGAACACUUCAAACCCAGAAAUGAGUGUUCUGGUUUUCGAUUUUUUUUCGGAAGCUGAACAUGCUCUGUUCUGAGUGUAACUUCCGUUUUGAGCGCCACACUUCCAUUUUCAGAGUGAGGGAAGGAAGGCUGGAUGGCAGGCGAACAGGCACUCCCCUCAAACGAGAGUUUAAAGGAGCCCCUAUCUCCACAUCAGAUCCCCUGCAAACUCAUGAAGGCAGCUAGGCUGAAUAGUUGCUGAGGUUGGGGAAGGUGGAGGCAGCCCGGAAGCUGCAUCUGAGAGCCCGUGCACCACCUGAAGGCCUAUUCCUGCUCCUAGGUAAAGGUAAAGGGACCCCUGACCAUUAGGUCCAGUCGUGGCUGACUCUGGGGUUGCGGCGCUCAUCUCGCUUUAUUGGCCCAGGGAGCCGGCGUACAUCUUCCGUGUCAUGUGGCCAGCAUGACUAAGCGAACCUUCUGGCGAACCAGAGCGGUGCACGAAAACGCCGUUUACCUUCCCGCCGGAGCGGUACCUAUUUAUCUACUUGCACUCUGACGUGCUUUCGAACUGCUACGUGGGCAGGAGCAGGGACCAAACAAUGGGAGCUCACCCCGUCACGGGGAUUCGAACCACCGACCUUCUGAUUGGCAAGUCCUAGGCUCUGUGGUUUAGCCCAUAGCGCCACCUGCGACCCUUAGUGCUCUAGUAGGUGCAUGCAUAUGCAGCAGCUGAAUUGUCCUUAAAAAUCUGGAACGUCCACCAGUGAUUCUAUGGGAAACAAUUAGAGAAGCACUCCUAAUGGCGGUUGCAGUUUGAUACUCUAGAUGGGAACAAAACUUCCUCCUGGGGAGAGAGGCUAAACUGAUCUGUGAUCAAAAAUGGGUGUCUUGUUGUGAACUCCAGCUGCAAAUCCAAUUAAUGCAAGGUCCAGAGAGAGCAAAAAGGUCACCCUGCAGAGCAAAAUGUGGAGAGAACCCGCAUCCCAGCUCGGCACCCAUCACCCUGCCUUUUAAUCUUUGCUCUCCUUGGCAUUAUAAGGCAUCAAGAUCGGUCACCCGUGACUUUGCAAGAGGUUGCCUCUGACAACUUUCCCAUAAAGAUUCCUCUUUGCUGGUGUCGAGCAACACAAAGGAAGUUGCAGGAUCUGUUCUGGGAAUGCAGAAGGUGGGGGGGAAUGCAAUCUGCAAAUAUCAUCAGGAGAGAAGCCGUCCAUGCAUUCAUGCAAACCUUGCAGGAAGGAGCGAAUGGAGAAAUUUAGAUACUUCGUCCCAGGAAGCCGAAGGUGUCUUGAUGAUGGCAGCAGAGCAGGGCUUGGUGGGCAGACGGUCAUUUCCUGAGCAAUAAUUGUGGGCGUUAAGGCAACCUUUCCUUCUUGCCAAUGCCCUUUCCAGUGGCGAGUUUCCUACUGUUUGCCCAAAUCCAGCUCAAAGUGACUCAUUGCCCAAAGGUCUUCCCCCAGUCUCCUUGGGUGACUCUUAUCUUCAGCUGCCAGCCGUCUCCCAUUAGGACUUUUUUCCUUGAGCGGAGCUGAGAUCGCCCUUUGCUAAAUUAUUCCUAAUUAUAUCGCCAAGGCCCACCCCAAACAAGCUCCCUCCACCCUGGGUGUUUACAUUUCUCUAGGGCAGCACCCCAACCACCUCCCACGCCCGGCUCCAGGCGCUGAAAUGCGCCUAACCUUUUCCUGCGGCUCCAAGUUUGGUGAUCAGGCGGCUAUAUUUAUCCGCCACCAAAGAGGUGCCUCUCAGACAUAAUGACUUUCUCCUGCCAUUUCACAGGAGGAGAAAGGAAGCCGGGUCACCUUCCGCCUGCCUCUGCGUGGAGAGGUUGCAAAGCUCAAAUGAGGCGGCCCCUUAAUCAAAAUAUUGUGGGCAUUAGGUUUUCCUCCACCCUUCAUUUUGAAACCACAGGGGAAGCAAUUAAAGCAAACGGAGGUCACAGCUUCUAAUCCAAGUCAGAGAUGUGUGCGGUUGCCCUAAGGCAGGGAAAAGGCUUGAAUUAAUGCAAUAUUUUGCAAUAUUUUAUGGCUUGCUGCAGUUUGCGUAUUAUUUGUUUGAUAAAAUCUGCACACCACUUGACUGUAGAAGAAGCCCCUCAAGGAUCAGUUGGAAUCUCCUUUCUUGUAACUUGAAACCGUUGGUUCCGGUCUUACCCUCCAGAGCAGGAGAAAGCAAGUUUUCUCCAUCUUCCAUGUGACAGUCUUUAGAUAUUUGAACUUGACUAUUGUAACUUCGCCCGGAAAGAGCUUUCUGACGGUAAGAGCUAUUUGACAGUGGAAUGGUCUCCCCUAGAAGGUGAUGGAUUCUGCUUCCUUGGAGGUUUUUAAACAAAGUUUCGAUGGCCAUGAUCUGUCAGGGAUUCUUUAGGGUUGGAUUAGAUGACUCCUAAGGGACGCCAGUUGUGCUGUGGGUUAAAGCACAGAGCCUAGGGCUUGCCGAUCAGAAGGUUGGCUGUUCGAAUCCCCGUGACGGGGUGAGCUCCCGUUGCUCGGUCCCAGCUCCACUGCCAACCUAGCAGUUUGAAAGCACGUCAAAGUGCAAAUAGAUAAAUAGGUGCCGCUCUGGUGGGAAGGUAAACAGCGUUUCCGUGCGCUGCUCUGGUUUGCCAGAAGCGGCUCAGUCAUGCUGGCCACAUGACCCAGAAGCUGUAUGCCAGCUCCCUCAGCCAGUAAAGCCCAGAGUUGUCCGCAACUGGACCUAAUGGUCAGGGGUCCCUUAACCUUUAUACGACUCUUGGAUGUAUCUUCCAGCUCCACGGUUCUAUGAUUCACCCCAUCUAGACUAAACAUCCCCAACUCCUUCAACUGUUCCUCAUAAGGCUUGAUUUCCAGAAUCUUGGUUGCCCUUGUUCUAGCUUGUCAACAUCCCUCUUAAACUCUGUUGCCCAGAAUUGGACACAGGAUUCCAGGUGUGGUCUGACCAAGGUAGAACUGAGUGGCCCUAUUGCUUCCCUUGAUCUGGACACUAGACUUCUGUUGACACAAUAGCAUUAGCCUAUUUCUGCUGCUGCACCCCACACUGUGAUGUGAAUUUGGGGCAGGAGAAGGUGCCUUGAGUUUAGGGCUAGGGGUAAAACCCUCAUAAGUGUGUGCUUGUGUACAUCCUCCUGGGCAGCUUUCCCUUCUCAAGAUCUGGUGGUCCUGCACAGGGCCUCGCCACUUGCCGUGAUAGCGGGGCUGGUGUUGAUGGGCUUCCUGAUGGCAGUUCCAUGCAGCCGUCAUUUUUUCUUGUGUUGCAGGAUCCUGCGCAGCCUUCGCCUGGGGCUGCUGGAGGAGGAGGAGGAGGAAACAGGCUGCCUAGCGCCAGAGCGCAAAAACAUCUCUUCUGCAGUCAGAGGAGAUGUUCGGCUUCUCCUGGUGGGUUGA